AUGCCCGACGCUGCUGUGAACAAAAAGAAGGUCAAGAGAUCGCUGACAAGCGAUGUGUCUGACUCGCCUUUGCUGAAGAAAUCUCGCUCUGAAAAGGCUACGAUGAAGAAGAGUGCUGCGAUACUGGAGCCCUCGCCAGAGGUGAUUCUCGAGCUGGAGAAGCAGAUCUCGAGCUCUACAGAGCACUAUAACAAUCUAGUAUAUCUCCUGCAUUACAUGAAGAACGACGAUCCGCAAAUCGCACUACUUUCUGCUACCGCGCUUUUCAGAUCGUUUGCAAAGAUGAUGGCUGCCGGAUUACUGUCACCUGUCAAGAAAUCGCUGGUUGGCACCGCACAAGAGACAGUGGCGUUGUGGUUGAAGGAGAAAUACAAGGAGUUCAAGACUGAUUUGGUGUUGCUACUAGCGGCAGAAGACGCCGAGGCAGCUUACACGUCCUUAACAAUCCUUAUCCGGAUCGCCAAGGAGGAAAGUACAUACCUUUCACCAAACAAGGGCGAAUACCAUUUUGCAAAGACUCUGCUCAAAAGGAUCACUUCAGCGCUACUGAACUUAUCAAGCGAUGACUUGCUUCUUGAGUUUGUGGAGCAGUAUGUCGACAAAUACCAUGACAUCCGUUACCACUUCUUGAACUCUGCUUGCAUGGUGGCCGUAGAGCAGGCAGAAGACCAAACAGCCGAAGAACAGUCUUUGUUCACCGCAAACUUGCUCUCAGCUCUAACCACCCUCUCAAGCUUCCCAAUCGACUCAUCCGAGCUCACCGAAUUCCUAGUGGACGUGCCUUCAGAAGCAAAGACGCCAGUCAAAAAACUGUCGUCUCAGCGUGGUGCGCUGCAGGACUGCUGGCUUGCGAUCUUGAAGCGGCCGUUGACGGUCGAGCAGUACAAGUAUAUCUUGCAGGUCAUGCAUAAGAAAAUCGUGCCGAAUAUCAAUAAGCCUCAACUGCUUAUGGAUUUCUUGACAGAUUCUUACGAUACAGGCGGAGUCGUCUCGUUGCUCUCCUUGAACGCGCUAUUCUUGCUCAUGCAAAAAUACAACCUCGACUACCCGAACUUCUACACCAAGCUAUAUGCACUCCUAGACCGCAAUAUUCUGCACGUGAAGCACAGAUCCCGAUUUUUCCGACUUCUCGAUCUCUUCCUCUCCUCGACCCAUCUGCCGGCAGCUUUGGUAGCCUCGUUUGUGAAACGCCUGUCAAGACUUGCGCUUUCCGCGCCUCCGUCUGCGAUCGUCAUCAUCGUGCCUUUCACUUAUAACCUGCUCAAGCGGCAUAACACGUGUAACCUGCUUUUGCAACGGACCGAUUUCACCGACGCAGAUGCCAAGAAAUACGGACUGAACGAUCCAUUCAAUGACGAAGAAACCGAUCCUAACCAUACCGGCGCACUCGAAAGCUCGCUCUGGGAACUUGCAACUUUGCAGGACCAUUACCAUCCCAACGUCGGCACGCUUGCUAAGAUUCUCUCCGAGCCGUUUUACAAGCCAUCGUACAACAUUGAGGACUUUAUGGACCACUCGUACGGCACUAUGCUGGAUGCGGAGUUUGUCAAGACGAUUAGAAAGGCUCCCGCGGUGGAGUUCGAGCUGGUGUCGAAUGUGUUUGGGGGUACAGACAGCAAAGCGUAUCUCUCUGGAUGGGAACUGUAA